CGUUGUCUACUUGCUCCAUCUGCUUUGCUGCUUUCAGUUCAGUUGAGAGGUCUGUCUGUCAAACCCACACACACGCAGCCAAGAUGGCGGAUGCCGACGAUUGGGACGCUGACAACUUCGAGCCGGACGUCGCGCCGAUCAAAACGGCGGUAGUGCUGGACAAAUGGGAAGGCGAAGACGAAGAUGAAGAUGUGAAGGAUAACUGGGAUGAUGAAGAGGAAGAGAAGAAAGCAGAGGCAAAGAAAGCAGAGGCCAAAGUGUCUGAGAAGAAAAAACUGGCUGAAAAAAUCAAGGAGAAAGAAAACCGGCUAAGGAAAAAGCAACAAGAGCUGAAAAAGAAAUUGGAGGAAGAGGAAGAGCUUACACCCGAACAACAGCUAGCAGAAAAGUUGAAAGUCCAGAAGAUGCAGGAGGAAGCAGACUUGGAGCUGGCAAAAGAGGCUUUUGGCAUUUCAGGGGGUAGUACCACAAACAAUGUUUCUGGAAUUGAAGCCAUGUGCCCGUCUUCUAAAGAAGACUUCACAGAGUUUGAAAAGCUGCUGAAAGUGAAGAUAUUACAGUAUGAAAAAUCAGUGCAUUAUUCAAGCUUCUUGGAGUCGUUGUUUCGGGAGCUCUGUAUUUCAUUGGAAAUUGACGACUUAAAGAAAAUCAGCUCUUCCCUGACAGUGCUACUUAAUGAAAAACAGAAGCAAGAAAAAGCAAUCAAAGGCAAAAAGAAGAAGAAAGGAGCUGUACUUGGUGGUGGUAUGAAAGCCAAGGGAAAAGAUGACCUUGCAGACUAUGGAGGAUUCGAUGGUGGCUACACCCAAGACUAUGAUGACUUCAUGUGACCACAGCUAUAUCCCCACUGCCUUUUACCCUUUAACCCUCAGAAAUGCAGCUGUACUUCUCAUGCUGUCCAGUGUCAUCCUGGAAAAACCUGAACAAUGUGUCGCCCUUUCAUUUUGCUUCAAUGAUCCGAGGGACAAUACAGGGAGCAUCCAGUACCAACACUUCUGUUAAUACAUAAUGAAAUGGCCUUUUCUCUCA